AUGGACCCAAAUUUCGCAACAUUUCUGGAGCAUUUCGGGGCCCAAUUGGCCAAGCUGGGCCGGUACUACUCCCCUCAGCUGCAUGGGGACUGCGACUUGAAGGUGGAGUUCGGGAGGUCGUACGUCAGGAGGCCGCCGCCGGAUUUUGUGGAGGACGGAUCCGUCGCGGUCGGUGCACUGCUGAAGGCGUUGCAGAAAAAGGGAGGGAGCGUGCAUCCGGCCUGGAUGGAGGCUGCCCACGCCCGUCGGGCGUGCACACGCAGACACACCGCCCGGUGGCGCGCAAAGCAGUCAGCGACGUCUUCCUUCAUCUCGGAAUUGCCAAAGGCCUCCAUGUCCCGCCUCGACACGUGGCUGCAGGCAAAGGGCCUAGUGGACCAGGGCGCGGCGGAGGCGAAGUACGUCUUGUUUGUCACAAGGGAUGGCGCUGACAAUGUUGUCUGGUACGACGAAGGCCUGAGGCUCAUGCAUGUGCUGGAAGCCGAUUUCCGGUGGGUGGUGACCGACGUGAAGAGAGCGUACAAGCCGAGAGGGAAUGCCAUCAUGGACGGCGAUGAGUGCGACGUCAGGUUCAUCUUGCGAAGCCAACCGCCCCCCGGAGAUGGGACCAGGCAGGCAGCAGCUGUCGGGCUGCACGAUGCACUGUCUUGGCCGGUGGCGCGACAGCAGGGGGAGCAGGCACAGAUGCCGAGCGUCAAAAAGGAGUUGAUGGAUGCAGGGCAGGCGCUUUCCCUAAAGCACGAGAGGCGCCGAACUUUCAGGAGUAAUGAGGCAGGCGGCAUUCUAUCACGUGUGCAGGUUGAGCUGACGGAGUACGACGCACAAGCUCGCCCCGCUGGAGGCCGGUUCCCCAACUUCGAAAACUAUCACGACUUGCAGCUGAGAAUCCCUGCGGACGUUCUUCUGACGGGUGACAGUGGCAGCACAGGAAAUUUGUUGGAGUCCGUCUGGAGCCUUGCCUUUGAAAUUUCCAACGUGAUUCAGAACCAAUGCGUGUGA